GAUAUAUUCUUUUAUUUGUGCAUGUAACACCGUAUGUCACGUACCUUCUGUUGGUGUUGUCCGAAGUGCCUUAAUCAUACGAUCAUAUGCAUACUAUUUUGUUUUUUGUUCUUGUUUUUUUCUUUUUCAAAGCGUACUAUUUUUGUUUAAAUAAAUUUUAUUUACAUAUGCUAUACUGUCUUAUGUGAGAAUCAUGGAUUUGUGGUCGGGUGAACAAAUACCCCGUGCCUAUAAAUUUGAUAAUGAACAUGUGUUACAUAUCAAUGGUAGUGAAAAUGAAAUCCAUAGCAGUUUUUGUGCCAAAACAUGGAUCUCAAGUCUUUCUUCCUUCUCCGAAUCACAACUUGUUUCCAGUAAACAAACUCUCUUGCUUUCCGCUGAUGUCGGUUCCCACUAAGCCUCCAAAGUUUGUUCGUUUGAAGGCAACUACUACCAUGACUCGUGAUGAUCAAGAAAGCAAUCGCACGUUUAAGGAAUUGCUACCUUCUCCAUGGACUGAUCAGUUCCACACUAUUUCUGUCGAUGUCUCCGAAAUUAAUGCGCUUAGGAAAGAAAUCGAUGUACUAAAGCCAAAAGUGAAGAAGGCGCUCAUGUCUUACCAAGGGAUCGAUUCAGCAAAGAAGAGAAUUCUUAUGAUAUAUUUGUUGGUGAGCCUUGGCCUUGCACAUCACUUUGAGGACGAGAUAGAUGAGACUAUAAAAGAAGGUUUCGAAAAGAAAGAGGAGAUGAUAGAAGGUGAAAAUGACUUGUACACAGUGUCCAUCAUCUUCUGGGUUUUUAGGAGAUACGGUCACCAUAUAUCUUCCGAUGUAUUCAGGAGAUUCACAAAGGACAACGGAAAUUUCAAAGAAUCUCUUGUCGGAGAUGCCAAGGGUAUGUUGAGCUUGUAUGAAGCUGCUUAUUUGCGGACGACAAAAGAUUAUAUAAUGGACGAAGCAUUGAUAUUUACAUCUAGACACUUGGAGUCACUGGCUGCUGAUGGAACGUGCCCUCCUCAUCUCUCAGUACGUAUUCGAAAUGCUCUUACUCUACCUCAGCACUGGAAUAUGGAGAUGUUAUUCCCGGUGGAAUAUAUCUCAUUCUUUGAACAAGAAAACGAUCAUGACGAGAUGCUACUCAAAUUCGCUAAAAUCAGUUUCAAGUUAGUACAGCUCCAAUACCUUCACGAACUCAAAAUCCUUGCAGAAUGGUACAAUGAUCUAGAGUUUGAAUCCAAGCUACCACCUUACUUCAGACACAGAAUCGUCGAAAAUCAUUUCUUUGUACAAGCGAUGUGCUUUGAGCCACAAUUAUCACGUGCAAGGAUUAUAAUGGUUAAGUACUUCACAAUUUUAGUGAUUCUAGAUGACACAUUUGACAGAUAUGCAUCUCUUCCGGAAGCUGAAGGCCUCGCUAAUAGCUUGGAAAGGUGGGCUCACGAGCAUACCAUGGAUAAACAGCCUGAUUAUUUGAAAUUCGUGUUGAACUUUAUGACAGAUACUUUCGAAGAGUUUGAAAGAGAACUUGGGCCACAAGGAAGAUCAUACAACGUGAGCGCCUCAAAGGAAGUGAACAUUAGUUAUUGCCUUUGGUUGCCAACUUGGAGAUCGGAAGGGUGGUACAGUUUAGGCCAGUUAUAUGAAUUAAGUACCGAGCUGAGCCGAAUCAUCGUAAAAUAUACGAAUGGUACCAGCCUUGCCAAGUUGCCAGACACUGAUCCUUACCAGAAGACAUGUAGUGAGGGUAUAUCCUGAAGACCCAGAGAUGAUGGAAGCUGUGUACAUGACAUGUUAGGAUAUCACACAGAUUACAAGAUCAUGAGUUGAAAGAAGUUAACAGUUGCGUAUAUUUGUUGAACUAUUCAGAUUUGUCUCCUUUAUCUUUGUAUACUAUGUUUUCUGUUUUAUCAUUCUUGUGCAAGAACAUGUUUUUCUCAACACUUCUCGAGUCUUGAACUAUCCACAUUAUAUAAUUCUGUUAAUCUUGUUUUACUAUUCUCUCCCUCCAAUAAAAUUCUCUAGCUCCUUAAAAAUCCUCAUCACUUUAUUUAGUUCGCACUCCUCUAAUGACCCAUCACUUGAUGUUGUUUACAGAUAUUCAGUUUAAACAGAAGCUAAUGCUGAGCUUAUGAUCUAGGUGGCUUAUGGUCUUCACUGAUGCAAGUAAUUAACUACCCUCCAAAUACUUUGAUAAUAUGAAAACUAGGUAGUUCGUGCAGGCAGAUCUAUCUUUUUGAGACUGUCGUGAUCUUGGGCAUGGUCUCAUGUUUGUAGCCAGUAAUAGUUUCUCAUUUUAUAGAAGAUGAAGUCAACAACACUUGACUAGUUAUAUAGUAGAUUAGAUAAUUUUAAGAUCGUGUUUCAACCCAAUAAGAAAAAAAUGGAAUGACUAAUUAAAUGAUAAAUGCGAUUUUUUUUGUUUCUUGAAUCAUUUCUAUAAUUGUAUUCGAUAGUGUUCAGUAGCACUCCUCAAUAAGAUAAGACCAUGUAGUGAAUGAUUUGGAUUAACGAAAAUAGAUUUUGAGCAUUAAAACUAAAAUUACUUAAUUAAGUUUUCUACACACUUCUUAGGUAUAAGGCCCUUGGGCCCUAAUCUGCACAGAUAAGGACAAAUCAUUUUAUUGUUACGCGGAGUAAGCCCAUUAGAAUACGACUUGCACAAUCAUAAAUAAAUAAAUAAGAAAAGACAAACCAAUCAAUUUCUUACACGUCAUACCAAGUGAUGUGGGGCCAACGUACUGCAGCUAAUUAGGCAAGAGUAAUCGACCAAACAACAAGAGUUUCAAAAGAUCGAAAGAAGAAGAAAGGAUGCCUCUGAGUGCGACAAUGGUGGGAGCUCUGCUGGGACUCGGCACCCAGAUGUACUCCAACGCUCUCCGCAAGCUCCCUUACAUGCGCCAUCCGUGGGAGCAUGUGGUGGGGAUGGGACUCGGUGCUGUGUUCGCGAACCAGCUCGUGAAAUGGGAUGUGAAGCUCAAGGAAGAUCUCGACGUGAUGCUCGAUAAGGCUAGAGCUGCCAACGAGCGCCGUUACUUUGAUGAAGAUCGGGAUUAAUUAAUUGAGUGAUCUUUGAAGUCUUCCUCUGAAGUCAUCUCAAGUGCUUGUUUGUUUUGUUUGAUCUUCCCUGUAAAAUUGCAGCUUUUCUUAGAGCUGGUUAUCUUUUGCUUAAUGAACCUAAAGAUUUGUGUUCUACAAUCUGAAUCUGGCUAAUAAUUUCGAAUGAGAAACCCUUUCAUUGA